GGAUACAGCCAUAGUUGCUCUUGACUCCGCCUCCUUGAGUAAUAUCGACGUUCCCCGGAGCGGAGAUGUGCAGAGCUCAGCGAGCCAGCACAGACACACGCGCGUAUAUACAGUCUCUCUCUCUCUCACUCUCUCUCACUCUCUCUCACACACACACUUUGCGUCUCCUUCCUGCUCCUGCUGUAUUCCCCUAGCAACACGGUGAACAGAAGCUCUUUUCUCUAGUAAAACAAAACCCGCUGUUCUCCAUUGCAACCCUGCUUGAUCCAAGAACUAUUGACAGCUGUUCAUUGCAAGGAUGGAUGAGUUACAGGAUGUGCAGCUGACCGAGAUUAAGCCCCUCCUGACAGACAAAAAUAGCCGAAACUUUCAGGAUUUUGACUGCCAGGAGCAUGACAUCGAGACCCCCCACGGUGUUCUCCAUGUCACUUUGAGAGGAACACCUAAAGGCAACCGGCCAGUCAUCCUUACAUACCACGACAUAGGCCUUAACCAUAAGUCAUGCUUCAACACGCUUUUUAACUUUGAGGACAUGCAGGAGAUCACGCAACAUUUUGCCGUGGCCCAUGUGGAUGCUCCAGGCCAGCAGGAGAAUGCAGCACCUUUCCCCACUGGGUAUCAGUACCCUACGAUGGAUCAGCUGGCUGAGAUGCUGCCCUCAGUCCUGACCCACCUAAAGAUCAAUAGUGUGAUUGGCAUUGGUGUUGGCGCUGGAGCCUACAUUCUCACCAAACUGGCGCUGAAUCAGCCUACACUGGUAGAGGGACUGGUUCUUAUUAAUGUGGACCCCUGUGCAAAAGGAUGGAUGGACUGGGCUGCCUCAAAGUUGACAGGAUGGACCAGCAACCUGGUGGACAUAGUGAUGGCACAUCAUUUCAGCACAGAUGAGCUGACAGAAAACCAGGAGAUCAUUCAGACAUACCGUCUGCACAUCGCUCAGGAUAUGAACCAGGACAACCUGGCGCUGUUCUGCAACUCCUACAACAGCCGCCGGGAUCUAGAGAUUGAGAGGCCCAUCAUAGGGCUUAACGAGGAAACUGUCAACACUCUGAAGUGUCCUGCGUUGCUAGUUGUGGGUGAUACAUCUCCAGCUGUGGAGGCCGUUGUUGAGUGUAACUCGAGGUUAAACCCCACAAAGACCACCCUUCUGAAGAUGGCUGAUUGUGGUGGGCUGCCCCAAGUCGUACAACCUGGUAAACUUGCUGAGGCCUUCAAGUACUUUGUCCAGGGCAUGGGUUACAUGCUGCGAGCUCCAGGGUUCCCCCAUGUGCUCCUCAGCCAUCUGAACAGCGAAGCAGUGCCCACUGCUGGCAUGACACGCUUGGCACGCUCUCGUACCCACUCAGCUUCCAGCAUGAACUCUGCAGAAGGUGCGCGUAACCGCACUCACAAUAACGCUCAGCCGGAGGGCGCUGCUGCCAGCCCAGGUCACGAGAACCAAGCCAGACCACAAACCAUGGAGGUGUCCUGCUAAAUCUGAUAAAUCUGCCUCUAAUUAUGUCUCCUUAUGCCACAUUCUCUCACAUAUUUUUCUCUCAUAAUCCUGAAACCAGGCUUCUGGUGUAAUUAAACAAUGCAAAGUAUGACUAUUGAAAUGCAUUCACAGUCUGCACACACGUUUUUUUUUUUUUUUUAGUCUUAAUCGGUUCCUGAUAUGUGCAUAUAAUGAAGACUGAUGUCUCUUGGAUAGAAGUGUUCAUGUUCAGAAGGCACUUGUUAGUGAGAAGGAUACAUCUUCCUAUUGCUUUUUCAUACUAUACAGAAGACCAAACCACAUCUCACUUCUCUCCGUCCGUCCGUUCAUUCAUGCAGCACCAUUGACUUGUAUAUUUUUUUCCUGUUGACCACAGCUUUCUGUUCUUCUGUCAAUAUUAUGUGCUUUGUGAAAAUAUCAGUCUCUAGAUUGCAGAAUAGUUGUUGACCUUGUUUUCCUGUACAUUCUCACAAAAAAAUCUACUGAUAAGCAUGUCCUUUUUAAUGUAACUUAAUGGAAGUGUAUAUUGGGAUUUGUUUUGUUCAGCUGUUUCUGCAGAUACUGUAGACCUCAACCACCCAUGGGGUAACUUUGCACUGUAACACAGAUGUAUUGAUAUAUUUAGCCCAGAACACAGUUUUUCUGAUAUAGCUGCCUUUCAGUAAAUUCUUAUGAGUUCUAGGUAAAACACAUUUAGAGAGAAUGACCUGGGCAGAACAACCAACUUUGCAUACACAUUAGUCUCUAGAUCCUGUUGAGAGAGGAAAACAGAGACAUGGUCAUUCAUUAGAAUCUCGUAAUAGUUAUAGUGAAUUUAAUAAUUUAAACUAUACACUCCCUGGAACAUAAAUACUGACAAGGGGGUAUGGUUUCAACUUAUUCCACCCCUCCUGUACAGUGGAUAGAUAUUCCAGUUUACUUGAACUGUACUGAUUACUUCCUCUAUUAAAUUUUGUAGUUAUAUUAUUAUUAUUAUUAUUAUUAUUAUUAUUAUUAUUAUUAUUACUACUAAUAUAAAUACUAUUGCUAUAAUGUUUCCUUGGAUGUGUAUUCAUUGUUGCUCUAUGAUUGUACUGCCUUGAGUGUGACAUCAGGCUUUGUCCUCCAAGCAUAUAGGGGGCGCUGUACUUCUGCUGAGUGUAUUGAUUUGUACUAAUUAAUAAAGUUAGAGGUUAUACAUAAA